AGCCACACACAAUCACCGGACCCUUCAUAUCAGCUACCAAUUCAUACGGACAAAAAGCUCGUCCCACCUGAAUUCGCGAUCUCCAAUCCACAAGGAAUCCGAUUUGGUUAAGGAAUCUCGCGAUUCGCAUGUAAACGAUGAGAUCUGUUCCCCUAUCCUUGCAGCAGUUUUCUCCGAACCUGUUGCAGUUGCAUCUCCAUUCCUCGCAACAGCUGCGCUUAAUUUUGGCCGGGAUAUCAGUGUCGCGGUCGAAAUGCAAGGUUUCCGGGUUUUCUUCGUUGCAGCUGCAGCGGAGAUGGGGAUGGGACGACGCUCUGCGGCCGGUCGCGGGGGAGGAAGUUGGGAUCAAGUGUUUUGGGGAGAGAGAUGGCGCCGGGGAUGCUGUGUUGGGUAAAAAUGGGGAUGAUGGGAAUGUGAGUGAAGUGGAGUUCGAGGAGGAGGUCGGGGGAAAGUUGACCAACGGUUCUGCAACUUCCCAGAGGAGCUCCGCCUCCGGGGAUUCUCUGUCGUUGGGAAUUCGCGAGCCAGUUUACGAGGUUGUGGAAGUCAGAUCUAAUGGGAUGGUAUCUACCCGGAAAAUUAACAGGAGACACUUGUUAAAGUCAAGUGGCCUCCGACCUCGAGAUGUUAGGAGUGUUGAUCCAUCAUUGUGGUUGACAAACACAAUGCCUGCAUUACUGAUACGGGAUCAUGCAAUUUUGCUGAAUUUGGGUUCGUUGCGAGCAAUUGCAAUGCAAGAAUGUGUUUAUUUAUUCAACUAUAACCGUAAAGGAGGAAAAGCUUUUAUUGAUGCUUUGUUACCACGCUUAAAUCCAAAGAACAUGAGUGGGGGGCAAUCAAUGCCUUUUGUUCUUGAGGUGGUUGAGGCAGCGCUGCAUUCUCGAAUUCAACGCCUGGAGCGCAGGUUAAUGGAAUUAGAACCACGUGUGCAAAGUUUGCUUGAGGUUCUUCCUAAUCGAAUGACUGCUGACAUAUUGGAGGAACUUCGAAUUAGCAAACAGACAUUGGUUGAACUAGGCUCCAGGGCUGGAUCCCUUAAACAAAUGCUACUUGAUAUCCUUGAGGACACUCAUGAAAUACGACAAAUUUGUGUUAUGGGAAGAAACUGUACUGUUCUGAAAAAUGAUGAGAUGGUAUGUGAUGUUCCCUCUGAAAAGGAUGUUGCAGAAGAAGAAGAGGAAGAAAUUGAAAUGCUUUUGGAAAAUUAUCUUCAAAGAUGUGAAUCUUGUCAUGGUCAAGCAGAGAGGCUUCUUGAUUCAGCUAGGGAAAUGGAAGAUUCAAUUUCUGUUAACCUCAGCUCUCGGAGGCUUGAGGUAAGUAGGGUGGAACUUCUGCUCCAGGUUGGGACAUUCUGCGUUGGGGUCGGUGCCCUGAUUGCUGGUAUAUUUGGCAUGAACUUGAAGUCGUAUCUUGAGGAACAUGUGUUUGCAUUUUGGCUAACUACAGCUGGAAUUUUCGUUGGCGCCGUGGUUGGAUUCUUUCUCAUGUACUUUUACCUCAGGAGAAGGAAAAUUUUAUGAGCACCCGAGACGAAACAUGUAAGCACUAAUAUUAUUUUCUCUUUCACAAGUUUGGCCCAUUAUCAAUCGAAGAACAAUGAUAACACCUCACUGCAACCUGUAUAUGCCAAUUCGAGAAUUCAAGCAUCGUUGCAGUGGUGUAAAACCAUUAGGCUAGUUUCAUUGCAUUAAGUUAACGAACUUCUGCUCAUCGAUGAUGGAUGUAGAUUAAAGGCGAAUUUAGUAUUUGUGGUAACAUAUUUGAUGUUUAGGUCCGAUCAGGAUGAUCGACUAUUGUUGAGAGAUUUAGAGGGCCGUGUGAAUAUAGUUGUGAUUCUUGUGUAUAUAUAGAUUGUAUGUACUUGAAGAUCAGUGUGUAAUGUUAUACUCCCUCAAUUCCAGUCA